GGAUCCGAGUGUUUGUGCCUGACGUCGGCAUGUUCAUAGCCAGUCUGACCAUCUGGCUGGUCUGUAGGAACAUCGUUCAGAAACCAGUGACUGAAGAAGCAGCGCAGUAUAACCUGGAGUUUGAGAAUGAAGAAUCGGCUGGAGGAGGAAAAAUAGACCCAGAAGAGGCACUGAUCUAUGAAGAGGAUUUAGAGGAAAGAGAUGGUGUUGAAGGCGAUUUGGAAGAAAGCACGAAAUUAAAACUGUUCCGCAGGCUGGCCUCUGUGGCUUCCAAGCUUAAGGAGUUCAUUGGCAACAUGAUAACCACCGCGGGGAAGGUGGUUGUGACGAUUUUACUGGGUUCAUCAGGAAUGAUGCUGCCCUCUCUGACCUCGUCCGUGUACUUCUUUGUGUUUUUGGGUCUGUGCACCUGGUGGUCCUGGUGCCGAACCUUCGAUCCCUUGCUGUUCAGCUGUCUCUGUGUCCUGCUGGCUAUCUUCACUGCGGGACACUUGAUUGGACUGUAUUUGUACCAGUUCCAGUUCUUCCAAGAAGCAGUCCCUCCCAACGACUACUAUGCCAGGUUGUUUGGUAUCAAAUCAGUCAUUCAAACAGACUGUUCCAGCACGUGGAAGAUCAUAGCAAACCCAGAGCUGUCAUGGUACCACCAUGCCAACCCCAUCGUCCUGCUGGUGAUGUACUACACGCUGGCCACUCUAAUCCGAAUCUGGCUACAGGAGCCCCUUGUGCAGGAAGAGAGGACCAAGGAAGAGGACAGAGCCCUGGCCUGCAGCCCCGUCCCCGUCACAGCCGAGAGGAGGCGGAGCCUGUGGUACGCGACCCACUACCCCACGGAUGAGAGAAAACUUUUAUCCAUGACUCAAGAUGACUACAAACCAUCUGAUGGCCUGUUGGUGACUGUGAAUGGCAACCCUGUGGAUUACCACACCAUCCACCCCAGCCUUCCCCUGGAGAAUGGCCCCGCCAAGGCCGACCUGUACUCCACCCCACAGUACCGCUGGGAGCCCGCCGCCGACUCCCCGGAAAAGAAGGAGGGAGAAGAUGAGAAUGAAGAAUUUGAGGAGGAGAAGGCCUAUGAGGAGGAAAGGAGUGUCAAAGUCCAUGCCAUGGUCUCCGUGUUCCAGUUCAUCAUGAAGCAGAGUUACAUCUGUGCCCUUAUCGCUAUGAUGGUGCGUGCCUACGAGAACCCUUAA